AGGCUCAAUUUCUCAUGGAAUUCAACUUUCUUCGAGCUUCCACAUUUGACCACCUCAUUUUCACAAUUUUUCUUUUUAAAAUCUUGUGUUAGUAGAAGUAUUUAUGCUGAAUUCUCCUUCUUUUUUUUAGUAUAUAACAAGUUUUCUCAUCGGGGUUCUCUUCUUUUCUUUGUUUUCUUCCUUCCUGUUGCUUCUCCUGCUAUUCAGUUCCAUCCCCAUCAAAGUUCGCCUGAUUAUCUCUCUCUUACUCUAAGCUCUGUCCACACCUAAAGCACACAAAUCACAAAACUCAUACUCAUACAACCAAAAUCCAAUCUUUUUUUUUCAUAUUAUAUUCUGCAGCCAUCCGUUUGUGUUUAGGAAGAAUUCCCACUCGGGAUUAUACAAAAUUGGGUAGUAUUUGAGGAUUUUCUCGUCCUUUUUCACAUAUGAAACAUAUUUCUUACACUAUCUGCUUAUUCAUUUAUUCCCCUUUAAGCUAUCUCUUUUUCUUCAAUAUCCAAACAAGUUCUGAACUUUCUUGAAUGAUCUCAACCUGGUGACCUUGUUCAUAUGUUUUGCGUAUAAAAGGGGCGUUACCCUUUUGGUUUUAGUCCCCAUUGAAGAUGCUUUGAUGAGAAUCAAGAUCAGUUUAAGUCAAAUUCGUGAAGAACUAUCCAAAAUGAUGAAGUGUUUUUACAUAUUCAAAGAUAAGUCAUCAAGAUCAGGUAGGGAAGGGAGAUCAGCACCAGAAUUAAGGAAUAAAAGUAAAUCAAAUAGUUCAGCAUCAAGUCGUCCAACAAGGUCCACUGGCUCAUCUUCAAUGCCUAGGAGCAUCCCAGAAAUGUACAGAGAAAAAGAGCACAACUCGAUAGUGUUUUCUCUAUCAGAGCUCAGAGAAGCUACUAAUAAUUUCAAUAAAUUGUUGAGGCUUGGAGAAGGUGGUUUUGGGAGUGUUUAUAAAGGGAAAAUUAGGCCACCUGAUGGCAAGGGUGAUCCUAUUGUCGUUGCUAUAAAAAAGCUCAACAUAUAUGGCUUACAGGGGCAUAAAGAGUGGGUGGCAGAGGUUCAAUUUCUUGGAGUUUUGGAACACCCUAACCUCGUAAAGCUUUUGGGAUACUGUGCUGUAGAUGGAGAAAGAGGGAUUCAGAGGUUAUUGGUGUAUGAGUACAUGCCCCAGAAGAGCUUAGAGGAUCAUCUCUUCAACAGGAAUGUGCCAGCCAUUCCUUGGAGAACAAGGCUACAUAUUAUUCUUGGGGCAGCUCAGGGGAUGGCUUAUUUACACGAGGGAUUGGAAGUACAGGUGAUUUAUCGAGAUUUUAAGUCUUCAAAUGUGCUUUUGGACAACAACUUCAAUCCAAAGCUUUCAGACUUUGGGCUUGCAAGAGAAGGGCCAAUAGGGGAUAGAAGUCAUGUAUCUACAGCGCCUGUCGGGACUUAUGGUUAUGCUGCCCCAGAAUAUGUUACAGAAGGCCAUCUGUCAACCAGGAGUGAUAUAUAUAGUUUUGGGGUCGUACUUUAUGAGAUCCUCACGGGCAGGCGAGCUCUGGAGAGAAAUCGCCCGGCGGUGGAGCAGAAGCUGUUGGAGUGGGUGAAACAGUUCCCAGCAGACAGUAGGAAAUUCAGCAUGAUAAUCGAUCCUCGUCUACAAAACAAAUAUUCUCUGAAUGCUGCAAGGAGGAUUGCAAAGCUAGCUGAUAGCUGCCUGAACAAGAAUGCAAGAGAUAGACCAACAAUCACUCAGGUAGUGGAGGUCUUGCAGCAAGCUAUAAAAGACACAGAAGAGGAAAGUUCUUCAAAUACAAUAGGUCCCGAGCCUUCGAGCUCCAGAAGUAAACCGGUUGCAACAGAUAAACAAUUCAACAAAUUGAGAGUGAAUACAGCUAUGAGACAGAUGAGCCAUGCUGCUCAGGCCUGAAUCUUAAUCGAUCUCCUGCUCAACUUGAACAUGGAGUUGUAAUUCAAGCUGUUAUGCGAAUACGAGAACAUUCCCACUGUUUAUUCAAUUUCUCACGUGGGUUUGGAAUCUGGCAUUUUUGUAGAAGAUGGAUCCAUACAUUUUUUGGAGUUGCUAAAUACGGAUUCGAAUUUCUAUUUUUCUGAUGAGCACAAAAGUUUUAAUGAGAAAGCAAAGUUCCAGACUUCAAGGAAGAAUGGUGCCAGGAUGGAUACAAAACUCUGUCUGCAGGAAAAGUUUCAGGAUCGGCCAUUAUGCAUUAUUUUUGGGAUGUGGCAUUCCAUAAUGCUGUUACUACUGUGCAUGUAAAAUUCUUUUAAAUUGCUAGAGGCUGGAGUUUCUUGCCAAGCUGAUUGUGGUUUUUGUUUCUCUUCUGCAUUUUUUUCGGCCCCUGCAGAAUUUAAUAAGCGACUUGUCAGGUUUUUUUCUGCUGCAUGAGUUUUACCUGUCCAUUUUCGCAAACUAUUCAUGUACAUCAGCCAUUUUUAUGCGUUCCUUUCUUCUUCUGCUCUC